UUUAUCAUCACUAAUUUUAAAUAAAAGUCUGAAUUUUCCGCGUGCUCUAGAAUUUUCAUUGCUAAACCAUGGAUGAUGAAGCCGAAACUUAUAAAUUAUGGCGCAUACGCAAGACCAUAAUGCAGUUGAGUCAUGAUCGAGGCUAUUUGGUUACCCAGGAUGAGUUGGAUCAGACGCUAGAGCAGUUCAAGGAAAUGUUUGGAGACAAGCCCAGCGAGAAGCGACCGGCCCGUUCCGAUUUAAUUGUGCUGGUGGCCCACAACGAUGAUCCCACCGAUCAGAUGUUCGUCUUCUUCCCCGAGGAGCCCAAGAUUGGUAUUAAGACCAUCAAAACCUAUUGCACACGUAUGCAAGAGGAGAAUAUUCAUCGAGCCAUUGUUGUUGUCCAAGGCGGCAUGACGCCUUCGGCGAAACAAUCUCUAGUGGACAUGGCCCCCAAGUAUAUAUUGGAACAAUUUCUGGAAUCUGAGCUAUUGAUCAACAUUACGGAACACGAUCUGGUGCCGGAGCAUGUGGUAAUGACGGCCGAGGAGAAACAAGAACUGUUGAGUCGUUAUAAGUUAAAGGAAAACAUGUUGAUGAGAAUUCAGGCCGGUGACCCUGUUGCCCGAUACUUUGGACUGAAGCGUGGACAAGUAGUUAAGAUUAUAAGAGCCUCGGAGACAGCAGGCAGAUAUAUUUCCUAUCGCCUAGUCUGCUGAGGCGAUAGAGUGGACGAGGAGUUUUGGAAAGGACAGAUAGCUUAAGUUUUAAUAUGUAAGGCAAAGUAAGCUAACUGUUUAUAAUAAAGAUAAAAACUGACUUAAGAAA